GCUUCGCCAUGAGGAACUCCAAAGCUGAUCGAAUCGAGGCAAACCGGCUGCAGCACGCGGCGGAUGAGCACGAGCUGGACCUGUUUCUCAAUACACCGCAUUGCCCUGUUCAUUCUCCAGUACCUUCUGAUCUAAAUGAGUGUUUAAACGUUGAAAAUGACUCACUGAAAUCUUCAGAACUCAACCACAAAGGUAUUCCUCGCGGCAGUGCCUCCACUGGCGUUUUGCUGCCUGGUUUGGUGAUUCUCAAGGGGUUUUUAACGCCUCAAGAGCAGCAAGAGCUGGUUAAUGAUUCAAGACACAUGGGACUAGGAGAGGGAGGGUUCUAUAAGCCUACGUACGCCAGUGGUGCCAAGUGUCGCCUCCACCAGAUGUGCCUCGGGCGACACUGGAACGUCAAGACGGAGAAGUACGAAGACCGACGCAGUAACCAUGACAAUGCACUGGUUCCUGCACUACCUGAGAGCUGGAAGAUGCAUGCACAACGCAGUCUGGACGCAGCCAAGGUGAUCGACCCACUUGUGAUGGGGACGUGCAAGAAGAUGACGCCGGACAUUUGUGUUGUCAAUUUCUACAAGAAGGCAGGAAGGAAUGGCAUGCACAUUGACAAAGACGAGAGCGAUGAAGCCAUGAGUAUGGGCUCGCCUGUCAUUUCUUUCUCAAUUGGAUGUGCGGCCGAGUUCGCGUAUAUUGAUCACUACCCGGAGCCGCAUGAGGCGGUACCGAUCGUCCGCCUUGAAUCGGGCGAUGCGUUGGUAUUUGGUGGCCCAGCGAGGAAUGUAGUGCAUGCACUAACGAGGGUUUAUAACGGCACACAGCCGUCCUGGUUGCGUAUGCGCUCGGGGAGACUUAACCUGACAUUCCGAGAAUACAAGCCAAGUGAGCUCGAGAGCUAGGUUGCUGGUUGUUUUGACCCACGUGGCUGGUGUUUGAGAUAAAGUGGACUAUAUGGUCUCAAGAGCACUACGAACGGAAUGAAUUACAAUUUUCAUAAAUCGUAUUGUGGUGUUUCGUGAGUAAGCGCAGCGUGUUCUCGUAGAUCAGUGUUCUCUGUUCCGCCGCCACCACUUGAUGAAUAGGCGGCGAAUUGGCUCUCCGGUCACAAGAUUUGGUGCCGGAUUGUUCGGUCAGGACCACUGCAACUCCUUGGCUGUGGGAUAGUAUGUCGUUGCGAGGUAUUGCUCGUUAUCAGCGCUGCAGCUUGGAGGAGUUUUCGUUCUGAGGGUGGCCGGCCUCGUUUCGACAGGGAGAAGUGAGUCUGGCGUAAUUGGCCCCUACAACACACGCCCACAUAACCUUCAAAGGUGCCGAAUGAUAUUGUUCAUAUGAUAUGAGGAGCCUCCGUCAUCAACUACCAAGACGCUUGUGCCGGACUCAACGUGUUCAAGACGCUUUCACAGUGACGAAGCCUUAGUCCAACAGGAGGUCCGUCGAUCUGAAUAGAUGACAGCAUUCGUCCAUCUAAUAAUCGCAUAAUAUGUGAUUAUGUCGAAACACACUAUACUA